UAAAAGUCCAGCAUUUUAAACUCAACCCCCUUUUCCAAAACCAAGCCAACCUGUUGAGAGUAGCUGCAGUGAAGGGUGUUGGCUGUCUGGGAGAAAGUUCCUCAUUUCUAUCGCUGCUGAAAUACAACGUGAGAGAGGUAAACAGCCUCAAGCUUGAAGAUGUCAAAGAUCUGUGCUUUGGUGUUGAUGACACUUGUGUCCCUGGUGUUCGCGGAAGAACAGAGCUCUGAAGAGGACCCAUUUACCUUUGACUACCACAGACUGCGUGUUGGAGGCCUGAUUCUAGCCGCUGUCCUCUGUCUCAUUGGCAUCACCAUCCUGUUCAGUGGCCACUGCAGGUGCAAGUUCAACCAGGACAAGAGAAGGAGGACAGGAAGCAAUGCUCAGCAGAUGCUCAACGACCAAGGUCGUUCCUGCGAUUGCUAGAUGUCACCCCGACUACAAUGACUUCCCGAACCUGCAACCGACAGAUCACAGGGGCAGAGGAGGGCGGUCGCACGGACACCAUUUGUGACAUCCAACGAGGGGCUUUUGUUUUGUUUUGAAAGCAACAGGAAAUAGUGUGCUGUGUACCUGUUGUGAGUCAUGAUGCUUUCUGCCUGAUAAAAAAGCUACUGAUCUGCGGCCUGCCCCUCCACACACACGUACACACUUAUACACACAUUUUCUGUUACUUUCAUUUCAAUCAAUUGAAGGUUUUUGUUAUUUAGAAGUUGAAAUAGUUUUGACAUGAAGAAAGUGUCAAACUUUUUGAGAAACCCUCCUGUAAUGCAAUUCAACAAUUUCAUUUGCGUUAAAUAGUUUUUGAUUGAACUGAAGGCGACUUCAAACAACAGUAGCACAAACCUAUUACCAAAAAAUUCCUUAAGUGUCCAUAUACUGUAGGUUGUGUCAAUGUCUCACACUACUUAUGUUGUCUGUAUUGUAAGUGUAAGAUAAACAUAGAUGUAGAUAUUAGUGGCUUUUACUGUUGACAGCCUAAUCCGCUGUCCUUGCUUUCAUGUCAGAUACAUCAAGUACAAAUAGUCAUUUAUUUAGAGUGGUGUUGAUAAUUCAUGAUAUUUAGCUUUAUGGAGGAAGGUAGUGGACUGCACUGUUCAGAGAUACAGAAUGAGUCUGUCACGUUUCUAUAAAAGAACUAUUGAAACAA